GGGCGUCCUAGGACAGACACUGACGGGUAGUGGGACUGACGGCCUAAGGACUGACGGCCGGCUGGCCGGGGCAGUAAAAGCGCAGGCCCUAUGGCGCGGGUCGCGUGAGGCAGAAGGCCGAGUGUGGCCGGCGGCGGCGGCGCCCGCCCCAGCGAUGCGGGCCCCGCCCGUCGCCUCAGGUGCCGUUUGGAUAGUUCUUUAGUGACACAAUGUACUCGGAGUGGAGAUCACUGCAUUUGGUGAUUCAGAAUGACCAGGGCCAUACCAGUGUGCUGCACAGCUAUCCAGAGAGCGUUGGGCGAGAGGUAGCAAAUGCAGUGGUCCGUCCUCUUGGGCAGGCAUUAGGUACCUCUUCAGGGGCUGGUAAUGAGAGUUUGUUAAAAACUGACAAAGAAGUAAAAUGGACAAUGGAAGUAAUUUGCUAUGGACUGACCCUUCCAUUGGAUGGAGAAACUGUAAAAUAUUGUGUUGAUGUAUAUACAGACUGGAUUAUGGCUUUAGUGUUGCCGAAAGAUUCUAUCCCUUUGCCAGUUAUUAAAGAACCUAAUCUUUAUGUUCAAAGUAUACUAAAACAUCUGCAAAAUCUUUUUGUACCAAGACAGGAGCAGGGCUCCAGCCAGAUCCGACUCUGCUUACAGGUCCUGAGAACCAUUCAGAAACUGGCUCGUGAGUCAUCCAUCAUGGCCCGAGAAACCUGGGAAGUCUUAUUAUUGUUUCUUCUGCAGAUAAAUGAUAUACUUCUGGCCCCGCCAACUAUUCAAGGUGGCAUUGCUGAGAAUUUAGCAGAGAAAUUGAUUGGUGUUCUCUUUGAGGUUUGGUUACUAGCUUGUACUCGGUGCUUCCCAACACCUCCUUAUUGGAAGACAGCCAAGGAGAUGGUGGCUAACUGGAGGCACCACCCAGCAGUAGUGGAGCAGUGGAGCAAAGUCAUCUGUGCACUCACUUCCAGAUUGCUACGCUUUACAUAUGGUCCUUCAUUUCCUCCAUUUAAAGUUCCUGAUGAAGAUGCCAGUCUAAUCCCUCCAGAAAUGGAUAAUGAGUGUGUUGCACAGACAUGGUUUCGAUUUUUACAUAUGUUAAGUAAUCCUGUGGAUUUGAGUAACCCAGCCAUUGUAAGCUCUACUCCAAAAUUUCAGGAACAGUUCUUAAAUGUGAGCGGAAUGCCACAAGAAUUGAAUCAGUAUCCUUGCCUUAAACAUCUGCCUCAAAUAUUUUUUCGUGCCAUGCGUGGAAUCAGCUGUCUGGUGGAUGCAUUCUUAGGCAUUUCUAGACCUAGGUCAGACAGUGCUCCCCCAACACCUGUGAAUAGAUUAAGUAUGCCUCAAAGCACUGCAGUCAGUACUACCCCACCACAUAACCGGAGGCACCGGGCUGUUACUGUGAAUAAGACCACCAUGAAGACAAGCACAGUUAGUACUGCUCAUGCCUCAAAAGUCCAGCAUCAGAGCUCCUCAACUUCUCCUCUGUCAAGUCCAAAUCAGACUAGUUCAGAACCACGGCCACUGCCUGCCCCUCGGAGACCAAAGGUUAACAGCAUCUUGAAUCUCUUUGGAUCAUGGUUAUUUGAUGCAGCAUUUGUUCACUGUAAACUUCAUAAUGGGAUAAACAGAGACAGCAGCAUGACUGCAUCUUUUAUCCAAAUUCUUCUUUCUUAUAAAUCUUCCAUCACAACACAAGCUAGUAUGGAGUUUCGACGGAAAGGGUCACAAAUGUCCACAGACACCAUGGUUUCCAACCCUAUGUUUGAUGCAAGUGAAUUUCCUGAUAACUAUGAAGCAGGAAGAGCUGAGGCUUGUGGGACACUGUGUAGGAUUUUUUGUAGCAAGAAGACUGGAGAAGAGAUACUGCCAGCUUAUUUAUCCAGAUUUUACAUGCUUUUAAUUCAAGGUUUGCAGAUAAAUGAUUAUGUGUGCCAUCCUGUCUUGGCCAGCGUUAUUCUAAACUCCCCUCCUUUGUUCUGCUGUGACUUGAAAGGGAUUGAUGUUGUGGUUCCUUACUUUAUUUCAGCUCUUGAAACCAUUUUGCCUGACAGAGAACUCUCAAAAUUCAAAAGCUAUGUAAAUCCAACAGAAUUAAGAAGAUCCUCCAUUAACAUCCUACUUUCUUUGUUGCCCCUCCCUCAUCAUUUUGGCACAGUCAAAUCUGAGGUGGUCCUGGAAGGAAAGUUUAGUAAUGAUGACAGCUCAUCUUAUGAUAAGCCAGUAACUUUUCUGUCCCUGAAGUUGAGACUUGUGAAUAUACUAAUAGGUGCCUUGCAAACGGAAACGGACCCCAACAACACCCAAAUGAUACUAGGGGCAAUGUUAAAUAUUGUCCAAGAUUCUGCACUUUUAGAAGCCAUUGGUUGUCAAAUGGAGCUGGGUGGUGGAGAAGAUAACAUGAAGGGUCAUAGUCGCACUAAUAGUGGUAUUAGUUCAGCAAGUGGUGGAAGCACAGAGCCCACAACUCCUGACAGUGAGAGACCUGCUCAAGCUCUCCUAAGGGAUUAUGCUCUUAAUACAGAUUCAGCUGCUGGGCUCCUGAUUCGCAGCAUUCAUCUUGUCACCCAAAGACUCAACUCCCAGUGGCGGCAAGACAUGAGCAUAUCACUAGCAGCUCUAGAGCUCCUCUCUGGCCUGGCAAAGGUGAGGGUGAUGGUUGACUCAGGAGACCGAAAGCGAGCCAUCAGUUCUGUGUGCAGCUACAUCGUGUACCAGUGCAGCCGACCAGCUCCUCUUCACUCUCGAGAUCUGCACUCUAUGAUAGUGGCAGCUUUUCAGUGUCUCUGUGUCUGGCUGACAGAGCACCCUGAUAUGCUUGAUGAAAAGGACUGCCUUAAAGAAGUACUGGAGAUUGUAGAACUGGGUAUCUCAGGAAGCAAGUCCAAAAACAGUGAUCAAGAGGUCAAAUACAAAGGAGAUAAGGAGCCAAACCCUGCAUCUAUGAGGGUGAAGGAUGCUGCUGAAGCCACCCUAACAUGUAUUAUGCAGUUGCUUGGUGCGUUUCCUUCACCCAGUGGUCCUGCCUCUCCUUGUAGUCUGGUGAAUGAGACCACUCUUAUCAAAUACUCCAGGCUGCCAACUCUAAACAAGCAUAGUUUCCGAUACUUUGUGUUGGAUAACAGUGUCAUCCUGGCCAUGCUGGAGCAACCUCUUGGAAAUGAACAAAAUGAUUUUUUCCCCUCUGUCACUGUUCUGGUCCGAGGAAUGUCUGGAAGACUUGCUUGGGCACAACAGCUUUGCCUUUUGCCCAGAGGAGCAAAAGCAAAUCAGAAGCUUUUUGUACCUGAACCUCGUCCCAUUCCUAAAAAUGAUGUUGGAUUCAAAUAUACUGUGAAACAUAGGCCAUUUCCUGAAGAGGUAGACAAGAUUCCAUUUGUGAAAGCAGAUCUGAGCAUUCCGGAUUUGCAUGAAAUUGUCACUGAAGAAUUAGAAGAGAGACAUGAGAAACUGAGGAGCAGCAUGGCCCAGCAGAUUGCUUAUGAAAUCCACCUUGAACAGCAGAGUGAAGGGGAAUUGCAGAAGAGAAGUUUUCCUGACCCCAUUACAGAUUGCAAGCCCCCACCCCCUGCCCAGGAAUUCCAAACUGCCCGUCUUUUCCUCUCACACUUUGGAUUUUUGUCUUUAGAGGCAUUGAAGGAACCUGCAAAUAGUCGUCUACCUCCUCACCUUAUUGCACUUGAUCCCACGAUACCUGGGUUUUUUGAUGACAUUGGAUAUCUGGAUCUCUUGCCAUGCCGUCCUUUUGACACAGUUUUUAUUUUCUAUAUGAAACCAGGUCAGAAAACAAACCAAGAGAUUUUGAAGAAUGUGGAGUCUUCCAGAAAUGUUCAGCCACAUUUUCUAGAAUUUUUGCUCUCCCUUGGCUGGUCAGUAGAUAUUGGCCGACACCCUGGUUGGACUGGCCAUGUUUCUACCAGUUGGUCAAUUAACAGUUGCACUGAUGGUGAAGGAUCCGAGCAAGAUGAAGUAACGUCCUCCGAAGCUGCUGGGGCUAGUGUUUUCAAUGGACAGAAGAAGGUGCUGUAUUACGCUGAUGCCCUGACUGAAAUUGCCUUUGUGGUUCCUUCUCCUGUGGAGUCCUUGACUGAUUCAUUGGAAAGUAACAUCUCAGACCAAGAUAGUGACUCAAACAUGGAUCUUAUGCCAGGAAUUCUGAAACAACCAUCCCUGACACUUGAGCUUUUCCCCAAUCACACAGACAAUCUUAAUUCUUCACAGAGGCUCAGUCCGGGUUCCAGAAUGAAGAAGCUGCCUCAGGGUCGUCCUGUGCCUCCCCUUGGACCUGAGACAAGAGUAUCUGUAGUCUGGGUGGAACGCUAUGAUGAUAUAGAAAACUUCCCCCUUUCAGAUCUAAUGACAGAGAUUAGUACUGGUGUGGAAACGACAGCAAAUAGCAGCACUUCUCUGAGGCUCUUGCUGUUAUUUCAGGCUGGCCUCAAAAUCACAGCAGUCUUCUUGCCUCAGCCUCCUAAGUGUUGGGAUUACAGGCAUGCUCAGCAAGAAAAUAUUCCUAAAUCUACAACACUUGAAAAAGAAGUUCCAGUCAUCUUCAUCCACCCUUUGCACACUGGAUUAUUCCGGAUAAAAAUUCAAGGAGCCACUGGAAAAUUUAAUAUGGUCAUUCCUCUUGUGGAUGGGAUGAUAGUCAGCCGGCGAGCACUUGGCUUUCUGGUGAGGCAGACUGUAAUAAAUAUUUGUAGAAGAAAGAGACUGGAGAGCGAUUCCUAUAGUCCACCACAUGUCCGCCGGAAACAGAAAAUCACUGACAUUGUCAACAAGUACCGGAACAAGCAGUUGGAGCCAGAGUUUUAUACUUCACUUUUCCAGGAGGUUGGACUCAAGAGCUGCAGUUCCUAGACCACUGUCUAGAAUAGUUGAACUCCAGUGUGUGGACUGUAACAUCAAAGCAAGACACUUUGACAAGUGAUCACUGUAAAAAUAAAAAAAUCACUCCGCAAGAGCUUAUUGUUUCAUCACCAGAAUAGGAAAACACAUUGUAAACCCACUGGGUAGAAAGAAGACUGAAGGCUUUCUAGUCAGUUGGGCUCCCAGAUGCAAUCAUACUCCUGCUGGGAAUAACGAGAAACAUUUUAGCCAUCAAUUUUCUUUUAAAAUGCCAAUUUUAGUUAAAUAUAAGCCUUUUGAGGAGAAAGGCUGUCAUGCAUCACAUCAAACACGUGCAUUGAUAGUAUCAACAAAUUUGAAAAUUAGAAGUUAAAGAUAGUUCUAUACCUCACUUUUUAGGAGGUUGUAUUCAAAAUUAUAAUGUCCUGGAUUUUUCCAGGACAUCUUCAGUGCUUGUGUUGGUAGCAUGGAGGAAAGUGAAAGAAGUCUCAGCCUUCUGCUUACUUGAAGGACCUUUUGUCAUCCAACUGUCAAACUGAGAAAUCAAAAAACAGAAUUUUUUUGCUCAGAUACGUAGUUUGACAUUAAAAUGUUUCAUAUUUUCUUUCCAUAUUAAGAAAGUUGUCAUUCUAUCACUGCACAGAUCUGUCUGUGAAGGCCUGUUUUUGAGCAAACAAAUGUAGAACAGAGGCAGUCUUAUUGUGUAAUGGAGUUACUAAUGAAGUUUAUAAGAUUAAAAACUAUAAGACAGCAGUGAUGCCUCCAUUCUGAUGUACAAUCACAGCAGGGAUCAAAAAAGAUUUGGUUGCACCCAUUAUCUCUUAUUUCAGGACCAAUCAGCAAAAUGCAGUGGUUGAUGAAAGAUUCUAUUUAGGGUUCAAGAAGUAGCCUGCCAAUGCCACAGAUGAAGAUCUCUCCCAGAGAGCCCCUGGAGUGCAUUAUAAUUGACAGACAUUACUGACCACCUUCUUGGGUGGCUGCUGUUAAAAAUGACUGUUGUCCUGCUUUCUGGACUUUGCUAGUUGAAGGCACAACAAAUCCCUGCCAGGUUUUUAGAAAUACUUCUGUUACCUCGCUGCUACUUUUCUGCCAGGGAUAAAACUUGAGGUGGCCAGACCCAGGCAAUCCUCGCAAGGAUUCUUGUUAUAGCGCUACCAUAUGUACCACUUAUUUCUCCUAUUUUUGUGUGUUCUUUUUUUCAGUAAGAUUAUUUUGUAUUAAGAAAGUAAUAUUUGAAGUCCAAAGAGGAGUGAUCAGAGUUGUAUGAGGGAUAUUUCCUACUUGUACUGAUGUCAGUAGGUUCUGUAGACAGGGCUACAUUGGUCUGUUUGAUUUGGUAUUUUGAUAGUUUCCUUAGAAGGUUGGGAAUAGUGUGGAAUCUAAUUCCUUGUGCAAAUAACUAUUCCACAAGUAUGCAUUGUGCCAUUUCUGAGCAAGAAAUGUGGGUAUAGCAACUCUUGGUCUAGAGUUGGCCACACCCUUUUCUUCAUGUUUGUUUUAAGCUCAGGUAAAAAUAACCUCUGCAUCCUUCUUUGUCCUCUCUUCCUCCUGUGUCAUUAUCAAUUCAGGGUAUAAUAUUCUUCAAUCAUUGGUUUUAUUUUUUUUUUUUCCUUUCCUCUUUGCUCUCUUUAAAUUAAAAUUUUUUUUUUUUUUUUAAGAUAGGGUCUUGCUACGUAGUUCAGGCUGGCCUUGAACUCUGUAUAGCCCAGGCUGUCCUUGAAUUUACAGUGAUCCUCCUGCCUUAGCCUCCCAAGUGCUGGGAUUACAGGUGUGUACCACCACACCCAGUUGGUUUCUUUUUUAGGUAGGUAAGAAAAUGUUAUUUCCAGAUGGUAGCAUGGGAGGUGUGGUAUAUUGUAAAGAUCAGUGAAUUGUACCCUAACAAUGUUUUAGCAGCUGAUCAAGAAUAAGAUGAGGUUUAACAACUUCCAGAGAACUUCCAGAUUGACAUUUCAGGGGGAAAAUGGGCCAGUGUUCUAGUUGGAGUAAACAAGGCCAUUCACAAUAUUCCACAGGUUAAAAAUAGCUAAUGUCAGUGUACUUCCUCAGAUAAAUGUUAUUCUUGACAUAGUUUGAAUAUCAGAAAAAAUGUUUGGGGUGUAUGUGUGUUUGUGUUGGGGUGGGCUUGCUGAUUCUUAAGUUAGUUGUAAUUUGUUUUGUAAUUCCAGUGGGUAAGCAAACAGCCAUGUUGAAUGUGGUGUGCAGUAUAGGAGAGAUGGUGGUCUCUCUUUCCUUGGUGGUCCCCCAGGAAAGGAGAGAUCUACAGCCCCUGAAGGCAUGAAACUCCCAGUGUGUAGAGAGCCAACAGAAAUGGAUCUGUACACCUUGACAGAUGCUGGUUCCUUCUGCUUUGAGUUGCAUCUGCCCAAAAAGGGAAUGUGGUAAGAACCCUUGCACCUUCACUAGUGUGGGUCACUGUAUUCACCUAACUGCCUGAGUUAAAAGUCACUUUGCAUAGAUAAUGCCAGAGAAACAUACUUAGUACUUAAUAAUCUUGUAGUAGUGCACUUGAUAAAUUUGCCAGCACAUGUGUAGAACCUUUGGGUAAAGGGUAGGACCAUUCUGGUCUGUGGCUCAGGCAGUUCAGCUGCUCAUGUGCUGGCUCUGCCAGGGGUUGGUAGGUUGGCAUUCUGGAAAAGGAAAGCAAAACCCAAGAGACAGGCUCCUAUUCCCAAGAGUCACCCUUCUAUUCCCUUGUGCAACUUCAGGGAGGGAAGUCUUUCCUCCUCUGUAAUUGGGAGCACUGAGGACAGAAGGAAGGGCCUCUACCUUAACCUUUGCAUUUUCAGUCACCUCUGCCAGGGCACCCUCCUAAGACCUUCUUCUGUCCUUUGGCCUUUUGAAAAGAGUGAGUGUAUGGUAAGGGCUUCCACUUCUCAGCCAUGUGUACACAUAAAUGUGUGUUUGCACACAGAGACGGGCACUCGUUUUCUUCCACUUUAGGUUGUCGGUUUUGCUCUAGCCCAUGCUUCUCUGGACUUGUAUAUAAAUACAGAAUGUCUCCAGCUUUGGCCCGAAGGGCCAGUUACCCACACGUUGUGCUUUGAGAUGUACAUGAACAGUUUCUAUAUGUGCUGGGGAAGCAUUUGUCCAGCUCUGCAGACCGGUUUCUGGAGAGGUACAAUGGAAGCUUCACUCCAGAGUGAGAGCCCUAUACAGAGACAGAAAGAAGGUGAAGCUUGGGAGGGGCCACUUGACACCUACUGGCAGUGGUUCUCCAUUCAGCAUCUAUGAUCUGUUUAGGUGCUGUUAUACUGAAAUUACCAUUGCACUUAACGGAGCAGUCUUUGGCAUCAUCUGUUUUGGGGUUCCCUGACAGCCUGUUUUCCUGGGGUCCUCAAGACAGCGUAGAGUCAGACUGUGGUCUCACUAGCUAGCAAAGCCAUGUAUCAGAUUGUGCUUUUCGCAGAAUAUCAGCCCUUGUUCUUAAGACACUUUUUUUUUUAAUGAUGAGGGAAAUGGUAUAAUUUGGGAUUCCACAGUGCCUUGCAUAUGGUAGGCGCCCAAUAAAUAUUUGCUGAAACAGACCAAGUUUCCAGAGUCCUCAUCUCCUGCAGUAACCAAGACAUCUUUCUCCUCUGAAGGGCUUGGCAGUUGUGGCUAAAUCUAACCAGUAUCGUUAUUUGCUUGAAACUAUAUAUACAAUUUGUAUGAAUUUCGAUGUUGCCAACAAAUGAUCUUUUUCUUAAUGUAUUUUCUGUAAAUAUUUCUGGCACUGAUCUGUAAAGUAAAGGUGAGAUGUAAAUAUGAAGGUGUACCUGUGUCCCCGCGGCUCCUGUGUUUGAUCUUCGUCAGCUAGGAAAGAAGGUCAGAGGUCUGUUUGUAUUUAUCCCAAUACCUUGUCCAGAAGAAAUCCAUGGAAUAUUGAAUGUAAUACAUUUAGUCAAGUAAAUUUUAAGGAGAUUCUUAUCUAA